AUGUCCUCUAAAUGGACCUUCAAGGCCCAACCUGGCAUCUUUGUUGAACUCGCUGGCAUUGCCCAUGAAUAUCCUGGAGAAAAAGUCACGACGCAACCUAACUUGGGCCUCAUUCCAGAUCAGAAAUACCCUUCUGAUGAUCCAGAUGCACCCGAUAAAAGGGACUGGGCUCGUCUCGCGGCAUAUGUGAGAUGGCUCAAUGAGAAUAGCUCCGACAAUGUCUCAUACAAAGUCUUGUACCUCACACGACAUGGCCUUGGAGUACACAAUAAGAUGCACGCCCAGGUAGGCUCCGAAGCGUGGAAUACAAGAGUGUCAUUCCAAAAUGGGGAUGGCGAAGACACCUGGUUUGAUGCCUUUCUCACCGAAGUCGGCGAAAAGCAAGCUCAAGAUCUCAACUCCUUCUGGACCGAUCUCAUCGAAAAGCAAGGCGCGCCACAGCCCAAAAUCUUCUACACAAGCCCACUAGCGAGAUGUCUUCAGACAACGGACAUCGUCUUCUCACCACUCAUGGCCUCACAAUCACCGCCCCAACAACCCAUCGUCAAAGAACUCCUCAGAGAGCGCAUCACUCGCCACACCUGCGACUACAGGAGGGAUCGCACAUGGAUAGCCGAAAACUAUCCCAGCUACAAGAUCGAAGAUGGGUUCGAGGAGGAGGACCAGUUCACCAACAGAGUUGAGCCUGAGACUGAUGAGGAGCAUGUUGUGAGGAAACAGAGGGCUUUGGAGGAUAUCUUUAAUGAGACGACCAAAGGCGACGACUUUGUAUCGUUGACAGUCCACUCGUACGCGAUCCGGGCGAUUCAGGCCGCCGUGGGAAGUGGUGUUUGUCGGACACGUGAAGGGACAAGUAUCGCGAUACUUGUCAGGGGUGAGAAGGAUGGAGAGGCAGACGGUCCAGAGCUGGACAUGAAUGACUAUGUGUCUGCAGAUCCUGCGGGCGUGAGCUCGUUGAGAAGAUUCUCCAUGUGA